UGUAUCCCAUGCGAGUUUUUUGGUUCGGGUUGUGUCAAGUGGAGUCGAGUCCUUGAACUUAGUAUUUUAUGAUACUUUGGCCCCCUUCUCUCUCCUUCCUCCCUCUCAGUGUGAUACUGAACAGAGCUUCUGCAUAAACCCUAGCUCUCUCCCCCCUCUGGCGUACAUACAGUCUAAGUGAGACGUGAACGAUGAAUUGUUCAAUUUCCGGUGAGGUGCCGGAGGAACCUGUAGUCUCCAAGAAGUCUGGUCUCCUCUUUGAGAAGCGCUUGAUUGAGCGACACAUCUCGGAUUAUGGAAAAUGUCCAAUUACUGGGGAACCCCUAACCUUGGAUGACAUUGUCCCAAUCCAAACUGGGAAGAUAGUGAAGCCCCGACCAGUACAGGCUGCAAGUAUUCCCGGGAUGUUGGGAAUGUUUCAAAUUGAAUGGGAUGGUUUGAUGCUAUCCAAUUUUGCAUUAGAGCAACAAUUACAUACUGCUAGGCAAGAGCUCAGUCAUGCCUUAUAUCAGCAUGAUGCUGCAUGUCGUGUUAUUGCAAGGCUAAAGAAGGAAAGGGACGAGGCGGUGGCAUUACUAGCACAGGCAGAAAGACAGAUACCCAUUUCAGUAGCAGCUCCAAAUGCAGUUAUUACUGCUGCCUUAAGCAAUGGGAAAAGAGCUGCGGAGGAAGAUGAGAUUGGUCCUGAUGGGAAAAGAAUCCGUCCUGGAAUAUCAAGUAAUAUCAUUUCUGAGCUUUCAGACUGUAAUGCUGCUCUUUCACAGCUAAGGAAAAAGCGACAGAUACCCCCAACAUUGGCAUCAAUUGAUGCUGUGGAGAAAUAUACUCAGCUUAAUAGUUAUCCUCUGCAUCGGACAAACAAACCUGGCAUAUUAUCUUUGGACAUCCAGUAUUCCAAGGACAUUAUUGCGACUGCUGGAGUUGACACGAAUGCUGUAGUCUUUGAUCGCACUUCAGGGCAGAUAGUAUCUACGCUUAAUGGUCAUUCAAAGAAGGUAACAAGUGUGAAAUUUGUGGCUGAAGGUGAAUUAGUAGUUACUGGAUCUGCUGACAAGACAGUUCGUUUGUGGCAAGGAAGCGAAAAUGGAAAUUAUGAUUGUAGGCAUAUUUUGAAGGAUCAUACUGCAGAGGUGCAAGCAGUUACAGUCCAUGCUACAUCUAACUACUUCGUGACUGCAUCUCUUGACAGCACAUGGUGCUUCUACGAAAUAGCUUCUGGUUUAUGCCUCACUCAGGUUGAAGACACUUCCGGUUCUUCUGAUGGUUACACAGCUGCAGCUUUUCAUCCUGAUGGUCUUAUCCUUGGAACUGGCACCUCUGGGGCACUUGUUAAGAUUUGGGACGUAAAAAGUCAGACGAAUGUUGCAAGAUUUGACGGGCAUGUCGGGGCUGUAACUGCCAUUUCAUUUUCAGAGAACGGUUACUUCCUCGCUACAGCGGCUCAAGAUGGUGUCAAGCUUUGGGAUCUACGCAAAUUGAAAAACUUUAGGACUUUUACUCCAUAUGAUGAAAAUACACCUACACAAUCAGUGGAGUUUGACCACAGCGGAAGUUACCUUGCAUUGGGAGGCUCGGAUAUACGUGUUUAUCAAGUUGCCACUGUCAAAACCGAAUGGAACUGCAUCAAAACUUUUCCAGACUUGUCUGGCACAGGUAAAGCGACGAGCGUAAAAUUUGGCCCAGAUGCAAAAUACAUAGCUGUAGGAUCCAUGGAUAGAAAUCUCAGAAUAUUUGGUCUGCCCGAGGAGGAUGGUUCAUUGGAGUCGUAAAAAAGCACCUUCAACUGCUAAUUUUGCAGUCCCUGCAAUUGCUUUUGGAGGGUCAUUGGCUAAAAAUAUGGAAGCUGAAAGCAAGAUGUUAGUGUGGGUGGGGAGAGGUUAAUGCAUCUGAAGUAGCUUUUAAGGUGAGAUGAAAAUACAGGUUCUUGUAUCGUCGAUUUCUAUUAUUUUAAAGUAGCUUUCAUGCUUAGCUUUUAAUGUCGUACAUUCCCCCCGCCCCCGAAGAUUUGUGAUAUGUUUUGCUUACAAUUGAUGAUAGAUUAUACUUAUAUUGUAGUAACUACAGGAUCAAAUUGAUCAAAGUUCAAAUAUUUAAACUAA